CCUUCGUUAUACUGUGGCUUGGAUGCGCCCCAUCCGUGCCCCAGCCACCGGGGCACGCAGGACGAUCCUGGGGCCGCAGCCCAGCAAACUCUUGGGGUCUUAAGAAGAAGUCCAAGGGCGGAGGCAGAGGCAGAAAAGAAAUGGGAGCAGGGAAAAGGCCGGUUGGCGGAUUUACUACUGGGGGCAAUAACGAUGCCCUCAAGGCGAUGGUCCGUGCACCGCUCCGUUCUCCCCGCUGGCCCCCUCGUCAGCACCACAGCCCUCUCCACUCUCCAUUUCGGCUUGGAUGUGUGGGAGCAAGACGUACCGUUCCCAGCCGGCUGGCCUCUCCCUGGUUCCCCACCUCGCUUGUUUUCCUCCCGCACCUACCUGGCAGACCUCCUGCAGUACUCCACCGACACGACACCAAGGGAGUUUUGCAAAAUAACCCUCACUCCCAACCAGGAGCUCACCGCAUCUCCCUUCCCACCACAGCUGAAGAAUUACGCACAGCGCCGCGUGCCUAUCCAAAGGCGGAUGCCGAAAAUCCUGGUAUGAACCCCAAACUCGUCGACCCCCCCCCGCCCCCAUUCAUAAUCCCAGAGGCCGUCUGCCACUACGCACCCUCCCCUUGCCGCCUGCGCUCGCUGCGAUUCGCAGUCCCUGGAACGUGUCAGUCACUCGCUCUUCAUCUGCCAUUAAUACAGUACUAG